UGUUAGGUUGGGCAUAUUUUUUUCUUGUUUUAUCUAAGUGUGGUAAUGCGCCAUCUGACACGGUUUUAAUAUCACUUGUUAUCAAGUGUCUGAAAAGAACAAAGCUAUCCCCCUCGCCACUUCCCUUUUUUCAGAUGCCCAUUUAAUUGUUUGGUAUUUCGUAUUUGUUUAUUUUAAAGGGAGUGGAGUCUCUUUCUUUCUUUUUUUCUCCCACUUUGUGUUUAAUGCUCCGUUUCGAAAGGCGCGUUGUACGGGUUAAUUUAGCGCGAGUUCCCCCGGCUCCAGUAGCGAUUAUUGCGCACAGUGGGGUUGCUGUGCUGUUCGUUCCCGCGGAGGCGAUGCCCUUUUGCGGAGAGGUCUUGUCACAGUGGACAGACGGCACCCUCACAAUCAGGACGCAAGGACACAAAGAGAAUAAUUGCAUUAAAAAGGACCAUUCUUUCCGCAACUGCCCAGGAGGGGUGUUGACUGUGGGUGUUUGAGAGGCCCUUUGUUUCUUGAAAAGAAGUAGCCAAGAAAAUGCACUGUGGACUAGCUGUAUGUUUUAUGAACAGUGUUACUGUAUACUGUUAGGGCGCUCGCACACGUCUCUCUACCUCUUUGGUUCGCGGAAAAGUCAGUGCUGUGCAGUUUUAACAGAGAAACUGGUUUGAAUAGUUCGAAAGACAAAACGUUUAUGGCGUAUGCUCUUUGCGCAUUGGAUUUGGAGACCGCUGCGCGCCUCCAGUACUUUAUCUAACAGUACAUUCUCAAAAUUAGUAUUUUCUCUAAAUCUUCAUGUUACUGUCUGCUAAGUUUUUCAUUUGCCACCAUAAGCGUUCGUAGCAUUUUUUUCAUUGGGAAUUUGAGUUCUCAGCUCCCUUAAACGCCUCACAUUUGUAACAAAUUCAUUUUAAAGGGGGGCGUGGAAGUGAAAACCUUAAAUCACAGGCUACCUCAAUUUGUGGAUAUUUCUUCGAGGGAUGCCAAUGGACAGAUACGCUGACAUGGAGGACAAACUGCGCAUUUUGGAGGACCUGAACAUGAUGUACAUUCGCCAGAUUGCCCUGAGUUUACAGGACAGUAACAUCCAGAAGAAAAUAGACCAUGAGAUCCGGAUGCGUGACGGGGCCUGUAAGCUGCUGGCUGCGUGCUCCCAGAGAGAACAGGCCCUGGAGGCCUCCAAGAGCCUGCUCACCUGCAACACCCGCAUCAUGGCCUACAUGUCGGAGCUGCAGAGGAUGAAGGAGGCCCAGGUCAUGCAGAGGGUUGCACUAAGGUCAUCGGACGCAGGGCCCACGGACGACAGACUACCCUGUAAAGGAAGGGUGGCCAUCUCAGACCUGCGGAUCCCUCUCAUGUGGAAAGACACAGAGUACUUCAAGAACAAAGGAGAGCUGCAUCGGUGUGCAGUGUUCUGUCUGCUCCAGGUGGGGGCGGAGAUCCACGACACAGACAUGGUGAUAGUGGACCGGACACUCACCGACAUCUGCUUUGACAACACCAUAGUGUUCAGCGAGGCCAGCCCGGGAUUUGAGCUGCGCGUGGAGCUGUACAGCUGCUGUUCAGAGGAUGACUACUCGACAGGGAGCACGCCUCGGAAACUAGCCAGCAAACUGAGCAGCUCUCUGGGCCGUUCGGCAGGGAAGAAGCUCCGCGUCGCCAUGGACCCUGGAGCCUGCAGCCCCAUCAGCAACGGAGGAGGAGCCACACUGCUGCUGCCUCUGCCCACAGUGGUGGGACCGAAGUACCAUCUCCUGGCCCACACCACCCUGUCACUGUCACACGUCCAGGACAGCUUCCGCACACAUGACCUCAGCAUCUCGGGCAACGAGGAGUGUUCACACUGGGUGCCUCUCUACGGCAAUGUGUGUUGUCGCCUGGCUGCCCAGCCUCACUGUAUGACCCAACAGAUGAUGAGCGGCUGCUUGAAGGUCAAGCAGUUUGGAGGUGACCCUCAGAGUUGGACAAACGUCUACGGCGUCCUUAAAGGGACAAACCUUUUCUGUUAUCACCGGCAAGAGGAUGUAGAGGCUAACAUAGAGCCAGCGUUUACCAUUUCCAUCAAUAAGAAGACGAGAAUACGGGCGUCGGAGAAGGACCUCCACAAUAAGGCCCAGAGCAUCUGUAUCAGUAACCAUUAUGGAGGAGAGGAGGUGACACACACACUCUCAGCAGACAGUCGUGAAGACACACAUCGCUGGAUGGAGGCCUUCUGGCAACAGUUCUAUGACAUGAGCCAAUGGAAGCAGUGCUGUGACGACCUAAUGAAGAUUGAGCUGCCAUCGCCCCGGAAACCAACCCUGGUCACAUCGAAACAGGGUUCUCUUUACCAUGAAAUGGUUAUUGACACCUCUGAUGACAUCAGCACGGUGACGGACAUCCUGGCGCGGCGGAUGCAGGAGCUGGAGCUGAGGAGCCAGCUGGGGACCUCUCCUCCCUGGAUGUCCCUGUUCGAGGACUCUCCUGGUUGCCCCCGCACCCACAACCGCCUCCCCCACAGCCCCUUGCGCUGCCCCCGGCCCGGCCUGCUCUCCUCAGAAGCCAGCCUGACCUCGGACAGCGACAGCCCCUGCAGCACCAGCCCUUGCUCCCGCCACAGUGGCUGGGCAGAGCCCCUCUCCCUCUCCUCCCCCUCCUCACACUUCCGCCCCCGCACCCUCUCCCUGGACGCCAAGCUCAGCACCCUCCGGGGCAGGGGGUGUGGAGGGGUGUUACAGUGCUCCUGUCAGCCCCCCUCCUCCUCCCUUGCCCCCAUCCCAGCCCAACGCGUUCCCCAGGCCACCCUGUCCUGCUCCAACUCUACCUCCAGUAACAGCUCCAGCGAGGGCAGCCACAGCCCUGAGUUGUCAGACGGCACCCCUUUCUCACACCCCUCUUCGGCCCGUCAGAGCCUCAGGAACUUGAGGGCUAAACUGGACCCCCGGAAUUGGCUCCAGAGCCAGGUAUAACCAAGCUCAGACCCCCAAAUCACCCAAGGCCCUGGUAAGAACUGACAGGAAGGAAGCCCCCACUUCCUCUCUGAUGAAAGGGCCUUGGUGUUAACUGGAAUGACUUCAAUCUAGUGACAGGAGAAUUGUCAGUGUAUGGGAAUGUUUAGUAUCUGAGUGUGGUCAUAGGGUUGUUGGUGUAACUUGUGAUCUAUUCAAAUGGCUAGACCCACUGUCGUCGGUAAUGGCAAUUAAAUCCUGCCAGAAAAAGUCCUCUGAAACUACUAAUACACUGAUUUGCUUAUUGCAUGAUUCUGCUCGAAGUCAAGGAAUGUGUUGUUUCAGAUCUUUAAACUGCUCAGAAAGUGAAUGAAUUUUGAAAACUCAACUUAAUGCAACUGUGCUCCCAUUAAUUUACUGUGCUACUUGUUACUACUACUACUACUGUGAUAACAUCCGGGUCACUUCCUCUGCUGGGUUUCCAGAACUUCCCCUACAUUCAUGAACACAUUGUAGGCCUAAUACACAUCAACCAAUAUUUGAGUUCACCAGGACAUUCUGUUAAGAAACCUGACUGCAAUUAUGGAGUAAUUAUAAUGAAUUGAAGGAAGCCAAAGGUAAUGUACUACAUAAUCACGAGAAGCCAUAUUAACUCCUGUGUUACACUGCCUCAUUCAAGUACUGUGUGCAAAUGUACUGACUUUGAAGAGCGUAGAACCUGGGAAUGUGCAUACAUGGGUGAAGAGUUUUGGAAUCUCACAACUCUGACCUCUUUGUUUGUGGUACUACAGUCAUAAUGUUAUGCCCGGCAAACCGGUCUCAUAAUUCUGCUGCAAUACCAUAUGAAACAUUGUAAUCGAUCAAGUAUGCAAUGCAGGACAUAUUGAUCUCUAGAAAAUAUUGUGUUGUGUUUUUUUGUCUUGAAAUAGUGUAGUCUUUCACCUAAUGCCAAGCAGCUGAUUGUAUUGGUUAAGUGAUGAGGUGGGCAGGGGUAGGUGUGUCUCUGGUCUGUGCAGUAAAGCCUAACAAUCCCUGUGCUUCUAAUGGACUUUCUAACAUGCUACUGUGUCACAAGGGCUCGCAGCUGACUCACUCCUUUUUACUCAGAGCAAAACAACUGUACAUGCUUCAAAGUGGCAUUUGUUACUGUAAAGUUUUUUUGUAAUAAGUUAACUCUUUUUCUUAUACAUUAUACAUGAUUGAUUUUGUUAUAAAUACAGCUAUAUUGAUUUAUUUUUAAGAGAUUGCAUAUCUAUAACUGUGUCUAAUAGAUCACAUUGAAUGUUAACCUUGCAAGAGUGUCUUGUGUUAGCAGACUGUCUGCAUGCACGUCAUCCUAGGGGAGAAAGGAAUAAGAACGGUCAGUCAUGUUUUAAAUACUGUAUUAACAUAACAACAAUAAAUGAUGUAUCCAUUCAGAAA